AUGGUGGCCGUGGGUGCGGAGCACCUCCACGCUGAGGCGUAUGGAGGCCGCCUCACCGGCUACGUCAUCUUUGUUGCAAUCCUGUCGGCAUGUGGAGGCCUGCUGUUCGGCUACGAUAUCGGUGUCACCGGUGGUGUGACCGCCAUGGCCGGCUUCCAGCAGAAGUUCUUCCCCGACGUGUAUGAGCGUACCGUUCUGGGCAUUUCCGACACAAGCCCCUACUGCAAGUACGACAACCAGGUGCUGCAGACCUUCACCUCCACCAUGUUCCUGGCUGGCAUGUUCUCCUCCUUCUUUGCGGGCACCAUGUGCCGCAAGCUGGGGCGCAAGGCCACCAUGUUCACCUCCGCCUGCCUGUUCAUCCUGGGCGCGGGCCUGCAGGCCGGCGCCCAGAACCUGGCCAUGCUCUUUGUGGGCCGCGCCUUCCUGGGAUUCGGCAUCGGCUUCGCCAACACCGUGGUCCCCCUGUACCUCUCCGAGGUCGCGCCCUUCAACUUCCGUGGCGGCCUGAACAUGCUGUUCCAGCUUUUCACCACCAUCGGCAUCCUCAUCGCCGGCCUGGUCAAUUAUGGGGUCCAGGACUGGUGGGCAGGCUGGCGCCUGUCCCUGGGCCUGGCCGCCGCGUUUGCCCUCGGCCUCCUGGUCGGCUCCAUCGUGCUGCCUGAGUCCCCCAACUCGCUCAUCGAGCGUGGGCAGGUGGAGAAGGGGCGUGCCGUGCUGGAGCGCCUGCGUGGCACCAAGGACGUGGAGGCGGAGAUGGAGGACAUCCUGGAGGCCACGGAGCUGGCCAGCCUCGUCUCCCUGCGCCAGUCCUACACCAUGCUGCUGACCAAGGCCUACCGGCCCCAGCUCAUCCUGUCCUGCCUGAUCCCCUUCUUCCAGCAGUUCACCGGUAUCAACGCCAUCAUGUUCUACGUCCCCGUCAUCUUCAACUCCCUGGGGAGUGGGCGCCGCGCGUCGCUGCUGAACACCAUCAUCAUCAACGCCGUCAACUUUGUGGCCACUUUCCUCUCCAUCCUGACCGUGGACCGCCUGGGUCGCCGCUUCUGGUUCCUGGAGGGCGGUGUGCAGAUGUUCCUGGCCCAGAUCGUGACCGGUGUCGUGCUGGCCGUGCAGUUUGGCAAGUACGAGGACGGCGACCUGCCCACCGCCACCGCCAUCGGCGUGCUCAUCGUGGUCUGCGUCUUUGUCUCCGCCUUUGCCUGGUCCUGGGGCCCACUGGGCUGGCUGGUGCCUUCGGAGAUCCACAACCUGGAGACGCGCGCGGCGGGGAUGUCGGUGGCCGUCACCACCAACUUCCUCUUCUCCUUUGUCAUCGGCCAGGCCUUCCUCUCCAUGCUCUGCGCCAUGAAGUGGGGCGUGUUCAUCUUCUUUGCCUCCUUCGUGGCCAUCAUGACCGUCUUCAUCUUCUUCAUGAUGCCCGAGACCAAGGGCAUCCCCGUGGAGCGCGUGCCCAUCACCUUUGCGCGGCACAUGGCCUGGCGCCCCAUCAUGAGCGCUGAGGUGGCGCAGCAGAUCAUCGACCGCGACGCGACGCGCACCGCCUCACGCGCCGCCACCAAGGCUGCUCGCGACGCAGACGCAGGGGAGAAGGCCAAGGAGGGGCCCAUUGGCGGUACCGCCAUCUGA